UUGUGUGCCGCUGAGAUCUCUCCCUGACUUGGCGCCUUUUUCCAUCCAAUGAUGGCAGACAUUUCUCCGGCCGCUUCGAUCCGGCGGUGAACGUCCCGGAAUCUCAUCCUCCGUACUCUUUUUUAUCUUUCCGGGCUUUUUUGUCUCCAUGGACGGCGUCGGGAUCUGGAGCCGCGACAUCGGGCGGCCGGAACCCUGGCAUUCCGUCACCGCUGUUUGCUUCGCGGUGUGCCUCUGCGGCGCUAGGUUCCUCCUCGACAAAUUCAUCUUUCGGGGUGUGACUGUUUGGUUGUUAGGCAAGAGAGCUGCUUCAGUGAAGAUAGAUGAGGUUACACAGGCGACAAUUAUUAAAUGCACUGAGUCGAUGUGGAAAUUGACAUACUAUGCAACUCUUGAAGUGUAUGUUCUGAAGAUUCUGUUUGAGGAACCAUGGUUCUGGGAUUCACAACUGUACUUCAGAGGCUUGCCAAAUCAAGAAUUGAAGCUUUCCAUUAUGCUAUAUUACAUGUGCCAGUGUGGAUUCUACCUCUAUAGUAUUCCUGCUCUCGUUUUGUGGGAAACUAGAAGAAAAGAUUUCUCUGUCAUGAUGUCUCAUCAUGUUAUUACAGUAGCUUUGAUCGGAAUCUCAUAUGUUACAAGCUUUUUCCGGAUAGGUACAAUAAUUCUGGCCCUCCAUGAUGCUAGUGAUGUAUUCUUAGAAGCUGCUAAAAUCUUUAACAAGACCAGGAAGGAGCUUGGAGCAAGCAUUUGCUUUGGCUUAUUUGCUGCCUCAUGGCUCAUUCUGCGAUUGAUAUUCUUUCCAUUUUGGAUUAUCAGUAGUACAAGCCGCGAUCUUGUGGAGUAUUUGGAUUUAAGACGGUGGUACCCGAGAUCACUGUACUAUGCAUUCAACACGUUGCUGAUCAUGUUACUUAUAUUCCACAUCUACUGGUGGAUUCUGAUAUGGGCUAUGAUAAAAAGGCAGCUACUGAACAGAGGAAAGGUCGAAGGCGAUAUAAGAUCUGGUAAGGCUUCGCGCCACUUCAGUUAACUCGGAAGAAGAGGACUGAAUGCGCGAAUAGGCAGCAGUAUUGCUCGUCGGAGUUGUCUUGUCUGACGGAGGGCAGUAGGGGGCGAGGCAGUUAGGGGGUUUUGACUAUGAUUCUUGUUGUAGGGUAGGGUGUUGGUGAAGCUCUAAUAUUAGUUCCAUCUUCUCAGAAUUCUGAUGUGGAGAUCAAAGCUCUUGCUGGUGCAAGUGUAGAGAUGAGUUGACGAAAGUAGAGCAAAGGACCAGAGCAGAGAGGCAGGCAGGCAGGCAGUACGGUGGUGUUCUUGUUAGUUGAUAUUUUUGGGGUCAAGUGUCUUCUAUUUUUUUACCAUUUACUCUACAUUUGGUGUAUACAUGAUAUGAUAGGCAACUCAACUCCUGUGAUAUGAAAUUUCCCAAGCUCAGUAAAUUUACAGAAAGUAUAUAGUUUCCAUUCCCAAUUCACAACCUAUAUUUUUCUCUGAAAACCACCAUGUUAUUCUGUGUAGGGCUGGAAGUUUGGUACCGGUAUUUGGGAUAUACCGAAUACCGUACCGAAUUUGUGUAUGUUUGGUAUUAC